CGACUAUAUUUGUAGGAUGUUUUUACCUAUUCCGUGUAGCGUAAGAUUUUAAAUAGUUUUAGAUUUCAGCCCUCUUUGUGUAGAAAGACGACGAAUAGCGAUAGACGGCAAUAGAAACCUAAAUACCAAUUAAAAUCAAGUUUAAUAACUGGUCUAAGGGACUUUAAUAUUCUUUAUCAGAAUUUGUCAAUGCAUGCACGACAUCAUUUAUAAAUCUUAGAUUCCAUCCGAAUGAAAUAACGGAAGCAUGGAGGUAGCUCAAACAUGGCGGACUUAUUAAAACCGACGAAAAGUAGCAGACUAAAGGAGAGAACCUUGACUGAUACUAAAAUUUCUCUCAACAAAGAAAAAUCAAGUAUGUCUACAAGUCGAGCAGGAAGUAGCGUAGGUGACGGAAGUGAAGUCAAAAAUGAAAUUGAUGUCGCAAAAGAAAAUGACAAUGUUCGAAAUAGUGCGGAUAUAAACGAAAACCAAAUUAGUGACGUUUUAAAAGAGGCCAAAGCCAUAGAUGAAAAUGACCUUGAUGAAUACGACCCAGAUCUGUUCAUUACAGAGGAAGAAAAAAAGGCUUUUGACUAUAUGUUAGAACAGAAACGAGCAGAAAUCGUUCAGCGGAAGGAGACGUUUCAAAAUUGGGUGGACGCCAUUACGAGGAGACGGAUGUUUGCUCUGAGCAGAAUGAGGAAAAUUAACUUGUCUCACGGAAAAAGGAAUAAAAUGUACGGAAAACUGGAGGACUUCAUUAACGAAGUGUACAGUGGAACUGAUACACCGGCAGAUAUUUCAUCAUCCAAGGAGGACGAAAACGGAAAUAUUUCUGAGCGGAGUAAUACAGAAAACAGAUCUGUGGACUCGAGUCGUGUGGGGUCGAACUCGGAGCUAGGUCGGGAGGACACCGGGUUUGUGUCACGUGACCUAGAUCAAACCCCGACUGUUGUCCCUGACCAGACGCCUCACGUGGCCCAGUUACACACAUGAUGCGGGAAUGUGAUAUUUUGUUUAUUUAACCAUUUCUUUUAUAUUAUUAUAAAUUAUUUAAUAAAUGGUGCAUGAUAUAUUAUAAAACAUGUAAAGAAUAAACCGAUUUAUUUUUAUA